AACUGUGUUUCAUUUUCAGCUCCUAUGUGAAUGGCAGAUUCCUAAAAAUCAAAUGAAAACAGUUUUCAAAGCUUUGUAAUGUUAUAUUGAUGUAUUAUAUUGCCUUCUUGCUCUCAUUCUGUGCAGCUGCUCCACAGGAACUAAGCACUCAAGAACUUCACUUGUCAAAGCUGCUGGUGCUGUUUGUGUGGGACAUGCAGGGGUCCCAGGGUCACUUUAGAGGUUCUUCUCUUUACUAAGUCCCGACUUCUGGAUUGUGCCAGCGUCCAGCACCUGUCUCUUAUUUUCUCAUAGAGAGAUCUGCAAUUGCAGUCUUUUGAGUUUCAGUCCAGUCCCAUCUGUUCACCCCUCUCUGCUCCCAGAGCUGCACACCUCUGCACUGCAGUGGCCAUGGUCGGACAGUCAGUCUUUGUUGUUACUACAGAUUUUGGCACAUCCUACAGUGGGUACUGUUUUUCUCUUGCUUCAGGUACAGACCAAAUCCACCAGGUUUACUGGGGAACAGAGCACGGGUUCAAGACCCCAAAGACCCCUAUGAGCAUCUUGUUCAACCAGAAGCAGGAGUUCAAAUAUUUUGGCUAUGAUGCUGUGAUGAAGUACAAGAGCCUGCCCUCCAGCCAAGCUGACACCCGGUGCUUCUUGCAGAACUUCAAGAUGCAGCUGUACAACACGGGCAGUAUUUAGAGAGCCCUGAGGAGAGAACUGGAGCAGAAAGACCCUGCCAGGACCUCCCUGUCCUUCUCCCUCCUGCUGCACCCUCUGUUGCCAACAUCUCCUGCACCAUGUCGCUCUCUGAAGCAGAGGUGCAAAGUGCCCGUGGUGCCUGGGAGAAGAUAUAUGUGGAUGCUGAAGACAAUGGGACAGCUGUACUAGUCAGGAUGUUUACCGAGCACCCAGACACCAAGUCCUACUUCACACAUUUCAAAGGCAUGGACUCUGCCGAAGAGAUGAAACAGUCAGAUCAAGUCAGAGGCCAUGGCAAGAAGGUUUUCAGUGCCAUCAAUGACAUGGUGCAACACCUGGACAACUCUGAGGCUUUUCUUGGGAUAGUGACCCCACUCGGCAAGAAACAUGCCACCCAGCUGAAGAUUGAUCCCAAAAACUUUAGGAUUAUCUGUGACAUUAUCUUACAAUUGAUGGAUGAGAAAUUUGGCGGAGACUGCAAAGCUUCCUUUGAGAAGGUGACCAAUGAAAUCUGUACCCACCUGAACAAUAUCUACAAAGAGGAGGGUUGGUGAGGAUGUGCACCCUCCAGGCUCUUCAAACAACUUACCAGCACUGAUUUGCUGCUUUUGGGCCCCCAGCCACAGCUGGAAAAAUUAAAUUUAAAAAUAAAAAAAGACAAGAAAAAAGGCUUAUACAAUAUAGAUAUCAAUGUCAAUAAUUUCCUUAGCAAACUGAGUUUCUACAGCUAAACAAAACCCGCAGAUACAUCAAAGUCAACCAACAAAUCCUGAUGUGCUUUGCACUUUCAGGUGGGUUCCUCUGGCCACUGUCCUUGAAGACUACAUUUUAAGUUGGUGACUUUAAGCUUUCUAUUCCUAAAAGGAAGACUUGCUCCUUCCAGCAGCACCAGCAACUCUUUGGCUCAUCUACCACCUCUCCAUCCUUACGAAUGACAGGAAGGAGACCAUUUUGAAGCAUCUCCAGAAUCUUGGUAGAAGUCAUUAUUUAAGAGGCACGAGUAUUUUGUGUUUGAACUUAAACAAGGGGAAAGUAGUGUAUGGGAAUGAUCAUCUAGAGAGACACGAGGAAAGUCUCAUCUUGCAUGAGUCAGGAGAGUCACCCAGCCUUGGUUUCUCAGAGCAGCUUUCAGCACAAGGGAUGACAACACUGAGUGUGGUCACCACUGGACCCCUCUGGGCAAGGAUGAACAUCUCCAGGGUGUGGAUUUCACCGUGUUACUCCCAGGAAAUUACUUGGGUUGUGCUCCCACAUGAACAAGAGCAGAGCUCACUGUCUCUUGUGCACUCAAAAUGCACCCAGCAGAUGGAGACUGCUGCCUCACUGCGUGGGCAGCACAGGAGACUCAGCCUGGCAUGGGACUUGUCCUGUCCAGUCACACAGCCUGAGCCUCCCUUCAGAGCUAACUGGGUCCUGAACUAUUUAAUUACUUUUCUUUGUAUUCCUUAGACAUGGUGAAAUAAUCAGCUAAUAACUGCAAAUAACCACAUGCUGGUUUGCUUCAGUGUAACAUAAUAAACACAGAAAAAGCAGAUGUGCCCUCUCAUUUGCUUCACAGAAAAGGUGAUGUGCAGCAGAGGCAGCUGGUUACAGUGCACAUUUACUGGUGGUACUGGGGGGGUUACCAAAACCAGCUCAAGCUCCCACCCAGGCACCCAUUACACUUGUGGCAGUCAGGCUUCUCAUGGUUUUCACUUAACCAUGAAACAACAGUUUUGUAAACGAGUAAAAAUGCAGAGUUUUCCUUCAUUCAACAUGUAGUUUUCCUCACCCACUGCAUUUGGCAAAGGAUGCUAAAUCCCAAAGUCCAGAAGAGGAACUCUAGCCAGAGGGGAAGAUGGGAGGCUGCUUUAUUUGCUUCAGUGUUCUGUUCAGCUCAGGGAGAAAGGGAAGUGUAUUGCAUAGCAUUGGCAAGGACUGUAAAAAAAGAACAAGACCUGUAAAAAAGUAUUUAUAGUCUCAAAUCCCUCUGAGGGAGUACAAGCACUUAAAGCUCUGAAAAGAGGUGAUGGCAGUUCUUUACUCCCAUUGCUUUGCUGCAAACCAGUUUGAGCUUAGGAAGAUUUGAAGACAGCAAUACGAAAAUUACAGUGGUUCUAAUGCAAAGUCCCCACCCACUUACCACCUUCUGGAGAUAGAGACAGAGGCUCGAGCAGGGCUGAAGGUGCCUGAGGGCCAGUGCUAUAGAAGUGCCUUCUUUGAGCCAGCACCUGAACAAUUUCUAACACUUCUGCACUUAAUACUUUACCACAGUCAGCAUUUGUCCGAUCAUUUCAGCCUGAGAAUUGGCUGUACAGCCAAGGCAGCUACUGCUGCUCUCAGGCCCUUUGUGACCUUGCUGGUGUUCAGCCCUGCUUUGUUGCUAGUUAAUCCUGCCUUUCUGAUGGUCUAGAACUCUGAUGGUCUCCUAGAACUCUGCUUGCCUGCAGUGUUCUGGCAGCACUGAGCCUAGGGGAAGGGAUUUGGAACUGCAGUUUCCCCAGCAACAGGAAGUGAAGAGCCAGGAAAGGUAAGACAUGAGAGAACUUUCUAAUUGCCCGCUGACUUCAUUAUAUGCUCA